UCACUGUGCGUGUGUGAGACUGUGUAGAGUGUGCCAAGGUAAAGGGUGGGGAAGAAAAUACACUUGUGUGUAAAUGCGCUGAAAACCUCAAAACAAUUCGUGUAAUUAAUUCACAGCAAAAAAAAGGCGGAAUUGAAAUAUGGGGGCGUGGGAUUUUCUAGAGGAAGCCGGACCUAGCAGCAAAAAUGACAAGUUCUCUAAUGGCACCACACAAAUGGACAUCGAUGAAGACAUAGAAUUCGAUUCUUCCGAAUCCGAAGACGAGCUCGACACUGCCAUGCAAGAAUUAUCCGAAGGUUUCUUGAAAGUCUCCUGCAGAAAAGCCUCCACAGCUUUCUUCGACCAGUACGGUUUGAUCAGUCAUCAAAUUAAUUCGUACAACGAUUUUGUCAAUCACGGCAUUCAGAAAGUGUUCGAUUCUAUUGGGGAGAUAGUCGUGGAGCCUGGAUACGACCCGUCGAAAAAGGGUGAAGGUGAUUGGAAGAGGGCUUGUCUGAAAUUUGGGAAGGUAACGCUCGAGCGGCCUACUUUUUGGACAGGCGAAAAGUUCUCGUCAGUUGACGGUGCGAAAGACUAUUUGGAGCUUUUACCGAGGCAUGCUCGUCUACAGAACAUGACAUAUGCAGCCAAGAUCAAAGUGGAGACUCACCUUCAGGUUUACACGAAAGGUCUCAACAGAAGUGACAAGUUCACAACUGGUGUGGAGAAUACAGUCGAAAAGACGUUACUGAAUGAAUAUCAUAAUGAAGUGAACUUUGGGAGACUACCUGUCAUGGUCAAGUCAGACCUUUGCUGGAUGAAAUCACUCGACAAAAAGGAUUGCGAAUUCGACCAAGGCGGAUAUUUCGUCAUCAAAGGCGCAGAGAAGACUUUCAUUGCCCAAGAGCAGUUAUGCCUGAAAAGACUGUGGGUGACCAAGAUUCCCUCAUGGACUGUUUCUUAUCGCCCGGUUGCGAGAAGAAAUCGAGUGUACAUAAAGCUAGUUCCGAAAAUGGAGCAUGUUAUAGGAGCAGAUAAAAUCCUCACAGUCUAUUUCUACGUCACAGAAAUUUCGGUUUGGGUUCUCUUCUUCGCACUGGGUAUUCCUAAUGAUAAAGAAGUGGUAAAGCUGAUCGAUCUCGACAUAGAAGAUUCCGAUAUUGCAAACAUACUCAUAGCUUCGAUUUACGAUGCCGAUAAAAAGUACGAGGGCUUUCGUAAAGAAGGAAAUUCCUCAAAGCACAUCAAAGAGCUAAUGCAGAACUGCAAAUUCCCACCCACCGAAUCGAUCGAAGAUUUGAUCAAGAAUUACCUUUUCCCCCAUCUCAAAACCCCAAUUCAAAAAGCCUGUUUUCUUGGUUAUAUGGUCAAAUGCCUAUUAGAGGCUUACAAAGGGCGCCGCAAAGUUGAAAACAGAGACGAUUUCAGAAACAAACGUUUGGAGCUGGCUGGGGAGCUGUUAGAAAGAGAGCUGAGAGUGCAUAUAAAGCAUGCAGAGAGGCGAAUGACUAAAGCCAUGCAGAGGGAUUUGUACAGAGAUAGGGAAGUUCAGUCGAUUGAUCAGUAUUUGGAUGCUUCGAUUGUGACGAACGGGCUUUCGAGGGCGUUUUCGACCGGUGCGUGGUGCCAUCCUUUCAAGAGGAUGGAGAGAACUUCUGGUGUGGUGGCGACUAUUCGGCGGACGAACCCUCUGCAGGCCAUAGCUGAUAUGAGGAAGACACGUCAGCAAGUUUCGUACACUGGACGAGUCGGUGAUGCUAGAUACCCACACCCUUCUCAUUGGGGUAAGGUUUGCUUCCUUUCAACACCAGACGGAGAAAACUGUGGGCUGGUUAAGAAUCUAGCAAGUCUUGGUCUUGUCAGUACGAAUCUCUUGGCACAAGGAAAUCUUCUUAAGAAGUUCCAACAAUGUGGGAUGGAGAAAAUGGUGGACGACACUUCGAAUUUGCUCGGUGGAAAGCACAAAGUUUUUCUUGAUGGCGACUGGAUUGGAAUCUGUAAAGAUUCCUCGUCGUUCGUUUCUAAGCUAAGGCGAAAACGCCGCAGAAUGGAAAUUCCUCAUCAGAUGGAGAUAAAACGAGACCAGCAUAAUGGAGAAGUACGUAUCUUCAACGAUUCCGGAAGAAUACUCCGCCCACUUUUAGUCGUCCAAAAUUUGAAAAAAAUCAAAGAUCUAAAAGGCAAUUUCUCCUUCCAAUCUCUUCUAGACAAUGGAAUAAUCGAACUCAUAGGAGCCGAAGAGGAAGAAGAUUGCCAAACCGCAUGGGGUGUAAGAUACCUCUUCACCGCCGAACUCGAAAACCCACCCGUAAAAUACACACACUGCGAACUCGACAGCUCGUUCCUAUUGGGUCUAAGCUGUGGUAUUGUACCUUUCACUAACCACGACCAUGCUAGACGAGUUCUUUACCAAUCCGAAAAACACUCUCAGCAAGCAAUCGGUUAUUCAACCACAAAUUCAAUAAUCCGAGUCGAUACAAAUUCCCACAGCCUGUAUUACCCACAGAGGCCUCUUUUCCGAACCGUGCUCUCGGAUUCGCUCGGAAGGUCGACAUUUUCCGAUCACUAUAAAGGAAUGAUUCCACGCCCUGAGUUUUACAACGGGCAGUGUGCGAUUGUGGCGAUUAAUGUGCACCUAGGGUACAACCAAGAGGACUCUUUGGUGAUGAACCGAUCCUCACUGGAGCGAGGCAUGUUUAGGACCGAACACGUGAGGAGUUUUAAAGCUGACGUGGAGAAUUCUGAAGCUGUGGGGGGUAAAAAGGUCAAAAUGGACGAAAUGGUCAGCUUUGGGAAGAUGCAGAGCAAGAUUGGUCGUGUUGAUAGUCUUGAAGAUGACGGGUUUCCGUAUAUCGGAGCGAAUCUGCAAACGGGUGAUAUUGUGAUCGGUAAGCAUGCGGCGACAGGUGUCGAUCAUAGCAUCAAGCUUAAGCAUACUGAGAAGGGCAUGGUUCAUAAGGUCGUGCUUUCGGCUAACGACGAGGGGAAGAAUUUCGCUGUGGUGUCGCUCAGACAGGUUCGGAGUCCGUGCCUUGGAGAUAAGUUCUCGAGCAUGCAUGGGCAGAAGGGUGUUCUUGGAUUUCUUGAGUCUCAAGAAAACUUCCCGUUUAGUCAACAAGGAAUAGUGCCGGAUAUUGUGAUAAACCCUCAUGCUUUUCCGUCGAGACAAACGCCAGGUCAGCUUUUGGAGGCUGCUUUGGGCAAAGGGAUUGCACUUGGUGGUGGACUGAAAUACGCCACCCCGUUUUCUUCUCCGUCCGUUGAAGAUAUAACAGCCCAGCUUCACAGGCUCGGAUUCUCGAGAUGGGGAGGGGAGAGAGUCUACGACGGUCGAACGGGAGAAAAAGUCAACUCCCUAAUCUUCAUGGGCCCCACAUUCUACCAGCGCCUGACCCACAUGGCGGAGGACAAGGUGAAGUUCCGGAACACGGGGCCCGUCCACCCGUUGACACGCCAGCCUGUCGCCGACAGGAAGCGGUUCGGCGGCAUAAAGUUCGGGGAGAUGGAGCGGGACUGCCUCAUCGCCCACGGGGCGGCGGCGAACCUCCACGAGCGGCUCUUCACUCUGAGCGACUCGUCGCAGAUGCACAUUUGCAGGAAGUGCAAGAACAUGGCGAACGUGAUCCAACGGCCAGGAUCGGGCGGCGGCGGGAGGAAGAUCCGGGGGCCGUUCUGCCGCGUGUGCGAGUCCGUGGAAGAUGUCGUGAGGGUUAACGUGCCGUACGGGGCGAAGCUGCUCUGCCAGGAGCUUUUCAGUAUGGGGAUUUCUCUUAAAUUUGAUACUGAGUUGUGUUGAAAAGAAUGGAAAAAAAUACUGCUGUGGGAUGAUUAUGGACACGUGCUUCAAUUUCUUUUUGUUUGUGGCUGAGGAUGUAUUUAUGUCUGGAUUUGUAGCUAUUAUGACAUGGAUGUGUGUGUGUGUGUGUGUGUGUGUGUGUGUACUAUGUAGAAUGUAUUUAGUGGGACCUUUCUGACUUUCUUCAUUUGGCAUGCUUCUCUUGU